AUGACUCCUUCACUCCACUGUAGCACCUUUUCGACCCUCGCAGAAGGCUGGGUGUUGUGUAUAUGGUUUGACCCUCAGAACCCGCGCAACUGGACUGCGACACAGAAGUGGACGGCGACAUGCUUGGUCACUCUUCUCGCUGGCUUUUUUGGAGCAGCCGCCCCCAUCGACUCCCCAAUCAUCCCCAAUGCCGCCAAAGAAUUCCACGUCAGUGAAUUAGCCGAAGCUUUGUCGGUCGGCGUCUUCCUGGUCGGCUUCGGCUUCGGUCCCCUCCUAGUCGGCCCCGUUCCCGAGGUCCUUAGCCGAUCCGUGACAUAUCUUUUGAAUAUUGGAUCCAUGUUGAUCUGGCUGAUGGCGUCCGAACUAGCCCCUAACUUCGGCGCCCAAUUAGUCUUCCGGUUCUUAGCGGGCUUUUCUGAGCUCCGCAAAGCCCAUAAAGCUCAUAAAGCCCAGCCCAACCCAACCCGCAAAUGGGCUGGGCUUUAA